GCAAGGACUGCGGCCCCUGCUCUCAAACUGUCCCUCUGGAGAGAGAGAGAGAGGGGGGGGGGAGAGUAAUGAGAAAGGGGAUUUCCUACACUGCCCCACUGAAAUACACAGAGCCAAGGGGGAGGGGAGAUCCCAAGCUAACAACAAGGACCUCAUCUGGAGGCCAGAGAAACUUACGUUGCAAGUAGUGAUGCUGCCACUAUGGGAAAUGUUUCUUUACCUGCUUCUUUCACUUGGCUUCCACUUUUAUUCCUUCUAUGAAGUGUACAAAGUCUCCAGAGAAUAUGAAGAGGAACUUGAAAGAGAAUUUGAAUUGGAAAAAGAUACUUUGUUCUGGGGACUUAAAAAGGAUCCCACAGACUUUGAGUGGAGCUUCUGGAUGGAAUGGGGAAAGGAACGUAUCAUAUGGCUUCUGCUUGGCCAUCUAAUGGUAUCACAGAUGUCAAGGAUCUUUAUGGAAAAGUACAAACCUUGGUGUCUAAUGGCAUAUGGGAUGGUGGCCUGCUGGUUUCUAUUAGGAAUCAAUGGCUUGGCAGUGAUUUUGCUACAUAUAGCCAUUUCAUUUUUUGUGGCUCAGUUUCAGACAGCAGUCCUGACAUGGCUGUGCUCACUACUUUUGUUAUCAACUUUGCGCAUACCAGCCGUGGAAGAAGCAAAGAGAGGGUGGUACGACACUGAAAAUGAGUACUACUUGCUGCUCUUCACCCUGACUGUUCGCUGCCUCUACUACACUAGUUUCAGCCUUGAAUACUGCUGGCAUGGGUCUAUUCAGAAGAGGUACCACUCAUUUUUUUGGAUGCUGGCCUACAUGUUCUACUAUCCUGUGUUCCACAAUGGACCCAUUAUGACCUUCAAUGAAUUUACUAAGCAGAUGAAGAGACAAGAAGCCUGCAGUUUGAAGAUUAACCUUUGCAUUUUGCUGAUGGGCAUAGUUCGCAUUUUCUUUUGGUGGUGGUUGGCAGAGCUGAUGAUUCAUCUCAUGUAUACCCAUGCCAUAUACAGUAGUUCUUCACAUCUGGAAGCAGUGUCCUACUGGACUUUAGGUGGCCUGGCAUUAGCUCAAGUACUAUUUUUUUAUGUGAAAUACCUGGUUCUCUUUGGUAUUCCUACUCUUAUUAUUCGAAUGGAUGGACUCAAACCUCCAGCUUUACCUCGCUGCGUGAGCACAAUGCACAGUUUCACUGGAAUGUGGAGAAGUUUUGAUGUUGGACUGCAUCAUUUUCUUAUCAGAUACAUCUACAUCCCAAUGGGAGGAUCCCAUGGCAGUGUGUUUGGGAUAUUGUUUUCCACAGCAAUCACUUUUUCUUUUGUAAGCUAUUGGCACGGGGGCCAUAACUACCUUUGGUUCUGGGCAGCACUUAACUGGCUUGGAGUAAUUGCAGAAAAUGGAGUCAAGAGGCUGCUCUCUUUUUCACUUGUUCGAGACUUAAUUGGUCGUUUUUUCUCACCGAGAAUUUGUCGUCGACUUCAUGCUGCCCUGGCAGCUGUUUCCACUUCAAUGUUGAUUUUAUCCAAUCUAGUGUUUCUUGGAGGAAAUCAAGUUGGGAAAAUCUACUGGAACAGGAUUUUUGUGGAAGGCUGGCCCUGGGCAACCCUGUCCGUUCUUGGAUUCCUGUACUGCUACUCUCAUGUUGGAAUUGAAUGGGAUCGCACACACCGUGUAGAUUAGCGCACAGUUAUACAAAGGUAUGCCAUCAUGAGCUGUGAAUUAAGAAGGGAGUGGAAAAGGUUUUUGUAAAACCUUUCAUACAGUGAAUACAGACAUUCUGAUUUCUCUGCCAUAGAUGUACAUGCCAUUCUCUCUGCAGGAAAUAUAGCAAAUAUACUUUGCCAAACUAUUUAAAACACUGGAAGCCACUUUAAUUUAUAAUUGUUUAUGGACAAAUCACUUGAACUGUAAACACUGAUUUCUUAAAGUAUUUUUUGUCAUCUUAGACACUGGUUUUAUAUCAGAAGUAUUUACUUGUUGAAUAUUUUAGUAUAUGUACUUCACAUUCUUGGAUCCAUGUCUAUCAGGAAAAGAGAAUUUUUUGUCUUUUUCCAAUUUUUUUCUAGUCUGGAUUAAAUGUAAAUACACUGCAAACAAAAGAGUGCAUCCUAUUCGCCCAUUGCACAAUUUGGAAAACCAGAAUUCUACCCAAAUUGCCUUGCAUACAUUAUAUCUAAAAAUAAUACCCAGCUGUUGAAAGUACAGCCUGAAAACAUGUACAAAAGAAUAAAAGAUUUUUCUUUUUUAGCCAUUUCUCUAUCUCAGUGGUCCCCAAACUGUGUGGCACACAGAGGAGCAUUCAGGGAUGUGUGCAGAGGGCCCGUGCCAGCCCCCAUGGAGGAUGGGGAGGGAGUGCCCCCCCAGCCCCGCUCUGCCCCCGGCCCAGCUCUGGCCCCAACCACAGUUCCACACCAGCCCCAGACACAGCUCUGCUCCACCUCGAGCCCAGCUCCAUUCCAGUCCUAGACCAACUCUGCCUCUAACUCCAGCUCCUCCCGCAUCCCCAGCUCCAUCUUCAGCCCAAGCUCUUCUGCUGAGGAAGUCUUGGCUGUUCAGUACAGACGAGGCAUGGACAGAUUCCAUUACUGGUAAGGGGCGGGAUUGUGACAGGAAAAAUUUGGGCAGAGGAUCACUGCAACCACUACCAAAAAGGAAUGCCCUGAAGGUAGGAUUUUUCAAAAGCCCCUAACAUGGGCCUAACUAUUGGAGCAGAGUUAAGCCAUUGCUGAAAGCUUUUGAAAAAUCCCAUGCUUUACCCUUUGUAGUUAAUACUAGGAUGAAAAACCAUGUAUCUGUUCUCCAGCCAUGUAGACUGGGAAUCCAUUGAUCUAAUCUAGGAUGUGUAGUAACUUGUAUACAUAAAUAACAUCUCUUACACUCAGAGAUGGACAUGACCUAGUAUGUCAUCUAGCCCAUGCCUCAUUCCAGAGGACUAUCAGUCUGUGCGGUGUAUGUUUUAGUGCUUUGUACUGUCUAGUGUUGCUGUAUAUCCUUUUCUGUUUUCAUAAUAAAACUCAGUCUUUUAGGAUGGUUGAUGAA